CCGCGCUCUCGCAGCGGCGACCGGAAGCGCGCGGUCACGGCUCACCGGUAACUAACAGACAGAGAUCUGCUGCGGAGGAUCCCAGCUUUCUCCGCGUGUCCGUCACACAUGCUUAAUGUGCCGCUCCGGUCAUGACUCGUGCACGCGCUCUCAGACCGGCGGCUCGUGGCCUUUGUCAGCGGGCUCUGCUCGCGUAAGCGGAUCUGAGACACAGAGGGACGAUCAGCAGCAGUGAUGUCCGGGCUGAGUGAGCCCAGCCUGAUGGAGCUGCCCAUGGAGAGUUGGAUGUCUCACCUGCCAUGUGCGCUGUGGGACGUCCCGCUGUUCCACCUGGCCAUCCCAGGCAGCCAUAAUGCAAUAACCUACUGCCUGGAUACGGACGACAGGUCUCCCAUCGACCUCAUGCAGCCUGACAUGCUGCAGAAGCUCGACAAAUUCAUGAAGCCCCUCAUUCGUCCAUUUGUGUACAAGUGGGCAAAAACCCAGGAGUGUUGUAUAAAGCAUCAGCUGGACUGUGGGGUGAGGUACUGCGACCUGAGGAUUGCACACAGGCCCAACGACAGCUCCACACACCUGUACUUCUACCAUGGCGUCUACACCACGCUCACUGUGGAGACAGUGCUGACGGAGAUCCGAGAGUGGCUGGACGCCCAUCCCAAAGAGGUGGUCGUCCUCUCCUUCAGCCACUUCCUCGGCCUGAGCCAGGAGCUCCACGCGGUGCUGCUCACCACCAUACGUACCGUGUUUGCCUCCAAACUCUGUCCCAAAAAGGCUGAGGUCACUCUUCGUAAGCUCUGGGCUUCGGGCUACCAGGUGAUCGCGUCCUACGAGCACAGCACGGAGCGCCGGCACACUGAGCUGUGGCCGGACAUCCCGUACUGGUGGGCCAACAAAUGCAAAGCCGAGGCUCUGAUUGAUGAGUUUGAACGCAUGAAGCAACAAAACAGGAGACCAGGAGGUUUCUUUGUGACGGGGAUUAAUCUGACGGAGGACCUGAAGUACAUCUGCACCCACCCAACUGAGUCCCUGAAGGACCUGGUGAUGUCCACGUACCCGACGCUGCUCGGCUGGGUCAAAGAGCAGACGCCCGGCGAGGAGGACGGCUCGCUGAACAUCAUCGCCGGCGACUUCGUCUCGGAGAGCCGCUUCGUGCCCACCGUCGUGGCGCUGAACCAGAAGCUUCUGAAGCGGUCCUCGUGACUGUAACAAGCGUGGCCUGAGGAGAACGUGAACCACAGCAUGAGAAGCACACAGGCCUUUUUGUUAGCGGUGACACAAUAAUACUUGAAUAUUUGUUCAGACAUGGACGUUUCAGCCUUUAAGCUGCUUGAAAACAGACGUUCUGGUAUUUGGACCUGCACUGUUUGUUUACACUCACCUCAUUAUUUAUGCAAUGUUGGAGGCAGCGCCGUGGCCGGACUCACGUUACGCUGACCGGAGCAAUAAUUCUACAAAUAAUCCAGUGCGUAGGCUUUUUAGAGCGGGAUCGUGCUGCGUGAGAUCGAUCCGAACCCCUCACAGUCAGCUGCAACAUGACCCUACCGUACAAGCGAGCCUUCACCUGCUCUCCCCUGUCCCACCUGCUGAUAUGAGCCUGAAAUUUACCCAGGAUGCACCUAAACUGUGACAGAUCGUCACACUGUUGCUCACAGCUGCUCAGAGAUGAGGAACAGAGUUCAGAGAUGCAGCUUAAAUGUGUUUUCAGCCCUGACGGGUUCAUGUGCACUUAUGAAAGUAAUCAUGAGUGUAAAAUAUUCCCGGUAUGAAGGUAAAGAUAUGUGUGGCAUCAGUAAAUAAUUUGAAAGAAUCAGCUUAUUGUGAGGGGUCAGAUGGGAGCUGCUGCUUGAUUUUAUUUUGAAAUGACCCACAAAUAAGCACAACGAAUUCAGCGAGCACACGUGACUGUACUCUUUUAUAAUAUUGUGUGUGCAAUAUUAUUUCGUAUUUAACCACAGAGAAUGUAGAAGAGAUUUGAAACUUAUGCAAACUGCAUGGAAAACAUAUUUGCAUGAACACAGCCCCGACUGUUCUACUAAAGCCUGAUUUAGCCAGUAGAUUGAGGCUUUCCUCCCAAUGAUGCUGUGCCGCUGUGCCUGUGGACAUGAGCUUUUCCAAUAAAC